AUGUGGAGGCUGAAGAUAGCGGCGGGAGGCGCGACCGGCGACAAGUACUUGUUCAGCACGAACGAGUUCGUGGGGAGGCAGGUGUGGGAGUACGAGGAGGAGGGCGGGACGGCGGAGGAGAGGGCGGAGGUGGAGGAAGCACGCCGGAGGUUUUACAGGGAUCGGUUUCAGGUGAAGCCCAGCGCCGACUUGCUCUGGCGGAUGCAGUUUCUAAGAGAGAAGAAAUUCAAGCAGACAGUCCCACCGGUGAGAAUUGAAGAAGGGGAAGAAAUCACGUACGAGAAGGCCACAGGCGCAUUGAAGAGAGCAGUAAGCUUCUUUUCAGCGCUGCAGGCAAGCGACGGCCACUGGCCGGCCGAGAACGCCGGCCCGCUCUUCUUCCUGCCGCCGCUGGUCAUGUGCACUUACAUCACCGGCCAUCUCGACUCUGUUUUCUCGGCACCCCAUCGUGUCGAGAUCCUUCGCUACAUCUACUGUCACCAGAAUGAAGACGGCGGGUGGGGCUUGCACAUAGAAGGCCACAGCACCAUGUUCUGCACAGCUCUGAGCUACAUCUGCAUGCGCAUCCUCGGCGAGGGCCCCGACGGCGGCCUCGACAACGCCUGCGCCAGAGCUCGCAACUGGAUCCUCGACCACGGCGGCGUCACUUACAUACCCUCCUGGGGCAAGACCUGGCUCUCUAUUCUCGGAGUGUACGAUUGGUCGGGGAGCAACCCGAUGCCUCCCGAGUUCUGGCUCCUGCCAUCGUUCCUGCCGAUGCACCCUGCCAAGAUGUGGUGCUACUGUCGCAUGGUGUACAUGCCGAUGUCGUAUCUCUACGGGAAGAGAUUCGUGGGGCCGAUCACUCCGCUGGUCGAGGAGCUGAGGGAGGAGCUUCACCUCGAGGCUUAUGACAGGAUCAACUGGAAGAAGACUCGACAUCUCUGUGCUCAGGAGGAUCUCUACUACCCUCAUCCUUUGAUCCAGGAUCUGAUCUGGGAUACGCUUUACUUGUCCAUGGAGCCCCUUUUGACGCGCUGGCCAUUCAACAAGCUGGUCAGGGAUUGGGCGCUUCAGGUCACCAUGAAGCACAUUCACUAUGAAGAUGAAGCCAGUCGCUACAUCACCAUUGGCUGUGUUGAGAAGAUCCUAUGUAUGCUGGCUUGCUGGGUUGAGGACCCAGAUGGCGAUUACUUCAAGAAGCACCUCGCCAGGAUUCCGGAUUACCUAUGGGUAGCAGAAGAUGGAAUGAAAAUGCAGAGUUUCGGGAGCCAGCAGUGGGACACCGGCUUCGCGAUGCAGGCAUUACUGGCCUGCAACAUGAACGAGGAAAUUGGGGACGUGCUGAAGAGAGGGCACGAUUUCAUCAAGAAAUCCCAAGUCAAGGAAAAUCCUCAGGGCGACUUCAAGGCCAUGUACAGGCACAUCUCCAAAGGCUCCUGGACUUUCUCCGAUCAGGAUCAUGGCUGGCAGGUCUCUGAUUGCACCGCUGAAGGCUUGAAAUGCUGCCUCCUCCUCUCAUUGAUGCCACCUGAAAAAGUUGGGGAGGCCAUGGAACCCGCCCGCUUGUUUGACUCGGUCAACGUCCUCCUUUCUCUUCAGAGUAAAAACGGAGGAUUGGCCGCUUGGGAACCGGCGGGAGCGCAGGAUUGGUUAGAGGUUCUGAAUCCGACGGAGUUCUUCGAGGACAUCGUGAUCGAGCACGAGUACGUGGAGUGCACGUCGUCGGCGAUCCAGGCUCUGGUUCUGUUCAAGAAGCUGUACCCCGGCCACAGAGAGGACGAGAUCGAGUGCUUCAUCAGAGGUGCGGUGAGGUACCUGGAAAGCAUUCAGACGUCGGAGGGCGGGUGGUACGGCAACUGGGGAGUCUGCUUCACUUACGGGACGUGGUUUGCGCUGGGAGGGCUGGCGGCCGCCGGCAAGACGUACGGCAACUCCGCCGCCGUGCGGCGUGGGGUUGAGUUCCUGCUCAGGAUACAGAGAGAGGAUGGAGGGUGGGGAGAGAGCUACCUCUCCUGUCCUGAAAAAAGAUAUGUUCCUCUUGAAGGGAAUCGAUCGAAUUUGGUGCAUACAGGUUGGGCUACAAUGGGUCUCAUUUAUGCUGGCCAGAUGGAUAGGGAUGCUACACCAUUGCAUCGUGCAGCCAAGUUGUUGAUAAAUUCUCAAAUGGAAGAUGGAGAUUUCCCACAACAGGAGAUCACAGGAGUGUUCAUGAAGAACUGUAUGUUGCACUAUGCAGCUUACAGGAACAUUUAUCCACUGUGGGCUCUAGCCGAGUACAGGAAGCGAGUUCCUUUGCCUUCCUCCUCUCUCACCUACUAG